GUUUCUUUCAAUGUCGAAUCCCCAAAUCAUUCGCCACAAAAAUCAACCUAAAUUAACUUGGAAGCAAAUUCCUGGCCUCCGACCUCUCUCAUCUCACAAAAAUCACCACCUUCAAUGGCGUCGUGGUGGUGGUGCUGGUUUUGCUACCGUUUCCAUGAUGGAGAAGACGCUAGAAUUUGAACCCACCCCCGCACAGCUCUGGAAACAUCCCCUGGCAAUUGUUGCUUUAGUGCCUAAAGACGCCGCCGUUUUUGCUGCCGGUGCGCUCUCCGGUGCUGCUGCUAAAACGGUUACUGCGCCUCUUGACCGGAUUAAACUCAUCAUGCAGACUCAUGGUUUAAGAGUCGGGCAAGAAAGUGCAAAGAAAACACUUGGAUUUAUACAGGCCUUCGUAUCUAUAGGGAAGCAAGAAGGCAUUAAAGGAUAUUGGAAGGGUAACUUUGCUCAGGUAGUACGUGUCCUUCCUUAUAGCGCAGUCCAACUGUUUGCUUAUGACACCUAUAAGAAACUUUUUAAAGGAACGGAUGACGAGCUUUCUCUUAUUGGAAGAUUAGCAGCAGGUGCCUGUGCUGGCAUGACUUCAACUCUCGUGACGUACCCGCUAGAUGUCCUCAGAUUACGAUUGGCAGUUGAUCCCGGGUAUCAAACAAUGACAGAUGUUUUUGUAAAGAUGCUAAAAGAGGAAGGCUUGGGAUCUUUCUAUAGGGGUCUUGGACCUUCUCUUAUCGGAAUCGCCCCAUAUGUUGCGGUCAACUUUUGUGUUUUCGACUUGGUGAAGAAGUCUUUGCCAGAAAAGUUUCGAAACAAAGCUGAAGCAUCAGUACUGACGGCCUUCGUGGCAGCCACCGUUGCAACACUUACAUGCUACCCAUUGGAUACUAUCAGAAGACAAAUGCAAAUGAGGGGUACACCUUACAAAAGCGUUUUAGACGCGUUUCCAGGUAUCAUCGCUCGUGAUGGUGUAGCUGGAUUAUACAGAGGUUUUGUGCCGAAUGCUUUGAAAACCUUACCAAACAGCAGCAUUAAGCUGACUACCUUCGAUGCUAUGAAACGCAUGAUCUCCGCAAGCGAGAAAGAGUUCCAAAGAAUUUUGGAAGAAAACCGCAACGAACAAAAGCAGAGCGCCAAUGAUUCGACUUUUUAGAUAUAUUAAUUCGUUUUCUCUAAGUUAUCAUUAUCCUUGUGUCAAUUAUCUAAGGAUUUAUCAGUUUUUUUCCAGAAACAUCAAUUUUUGCCGGCAUCUUUUCCCGCCAAAAUCAUUUGUAUGAUAUGUGAGGUUUCUUGAUCGUUUAGUCACCGGCUUCUU